AUGUUCUGCUGCGAGGCGGAAAGGUGGCUCAAGGGUUCUGCUUCCCACGUUGUGGUGCUCUACAUCGACUUGAAGAACGAGAAGCUGCUUGGACUCGUUGCUUGUUCUCUACUCCUUCACAUGAGAAUCUACUCGUCAGCACAGGAAGCAGCCAACAUGUACAGCAUGCUCCGGUUCGUCGACCCCAAUUAUCCGUUUCCCAAGAGUUAUGUUCGUCUCCUGGGAUUCUUCAUGAAGCUCAACGUCUCAUCGCCCGACAAGGCUCCUGCCGAUCCACCUCGCAAGCGUCUCCGCAGCAUCAUGCUCCAUCGAGCGUCGACCUUCAGCCUUCACGACAACCAGUCCAGCUUUCUCUUCUUCCGCAUCAAGAACUCAGGCAACCUCUUCACCUCUAGCGCCAUGUCGGACGCCAACAGCGUAACAGGUUUCGACGCCACCAUGUUCUCCAUGAGGCCGCACGUGGUCGUGCAAGGUGAAGUUCUAGUCGAGUGUCUGGCGAGAGGAAGGGUACUUUUCUCAUCGUUACUGUCAACGUCAGCUUGCAGCGAGCGGGAAGUGCUUUCUGACUUUGAGCUGGACUGGACGGCAGAAGGGCAAAAGUUUGCCAAGAAGAACAUCUCUAUCGAGCUUGCUUUCGAUGACCUCAUUAGUCAGAGGUAA